AUGAAGUUCACUGCAGCAAUUGUCGCUUCCCUGGUGGGAACCAGCACUGCCUUGUUCGACAAGAACCUGCCUUGGGGUAAGCGCGACUAUGCCUGCGUAAACGUCUACCAAGGCAUCCCCGACAACUCGACCGUCUCCGCUGGCCAAACCGUGCGUGUCAACUUCGACCGGAAGCCCACGGGACGCUGCCCAGACCCAUUGACCCAGUACCCUGGCGACGACUACAGCGUGUGGCUGUACAAUAACCCUGUGCGCAAUAUGGAUGCCAUCUCCUUCGACAAGACUAUCAAGAUCACGGAUGGUAUCAAGGAGAAGGCGGGUGGUGUGGACAUUACUAUUCCGAAGGACUUGCCUCAAGUCAAGGAUGGCUCACUUUGGUAUUUGAGGGUUGGAACUACUCUCUCAACGGCGCCGCAGAUGCCUAGCUUGUUCAACGCUGCUGGUCCAUUUACGGUUAUUCGCGCAUAG